AUGCCGUUUAAUUUACGCGCGAAACAUGUCCCUGGGACUACGCUUGUUGUUGCAGACGCGUUAUCUAGACAGCCCCUGAGCGGUGAACAAUCCAAUACUGAAUCAGAAGUCAAGAUGUUCGUCAAUGCAGUGGUUGAGGCAAGACCUGUGUCAGAUGUUAAAAUCGAGAAGAUUCUCCAAGAGACGAAAGAGGACGAGGCACUUCAGGCGGUAAUCUCACUCACGGCAGAGGGAUGGCCAAAGCGCCGAAAUCAGGUGCCAGUUACAGCAUGCGAAUUCUUCGAUGUUCGUCAUCGACUUUCCGUCGCUGGUGGAUUACUUUUGUUCGGUGACCGCAUCGUGAUACCUCAAUCGAUGAGGGGUGACAUUUUGAACCGCAUACACGAAGGACACAUGGGUGUCAACAAGUGUCGCGACAGGGCUAAAAUGUCCGUAUUUUGGCCACGUCUCAAUGCCGAGAUCGCUGAACUCGUAGGUGGAUGUGACUUUUGUCAAGAACAAAGGUCGACUCAGAAACACGAGCCGUUAAUUGUAACCCCUCACCCAAAGUAUCCGUGGGAGAAAAUCGCUAUGGACUUGUGCACUGUGAAGUCAGAAAAGUAUCUAGCACUCAUGGACUACUAUUCUAAGUACAUUGAAAUAGCGCAUAUGCGUUCUACAACUGCCAGCAGUGUUAUCAAGAAAGCAAAGGCAAUAUUCGCUAGAUGGGGCGUGCCCCGUGAAAACGUCUCGGACAAUGGCCCGCCUUAUGAUUCGAAAGAAUGGAAAACUUUUGCGUCGGAGUGGGGAAUAACACUCACAACCUUUAGCCCCCACAAUCCUCAGGCUAAUGGUCAGGGAGAAAGUGGCGUAGCCAUUGCAGAGAGAAUUUUGAGACAACCUGAUCCCAUAAAAGCUCUCAUGAGUUAUCGCUCAACCCCAGUCAGGUCAACUGGAUACAGCCCAAGUCGUCUAAUGAUGGGCAGAUAG